GUCGCGUGCCCGGGCUGUUGCCUUGGGAACGACCCUGGACAGGGGCCCCUGCCUGGCCUCUGGACCAGGCGAGCAGCCUUAGGCCCACACUCGCGGCGCUCAGGCCUGCCUCCUGUCAACAGCCGGAUGCGUUAAGGCUGCACCUCCUGCCUCUGAGUUCAUUCCAUGGUUACCCCUUUAGGCUAUGGCUGUAGCCUCUCCCUGCAGCGUCAGGCCCCACCUCGCCGCAAAGUCGUUUGAAGUGCGCCUUUGUGCAAUGCGGUUGGAUGGAAACAACCCUCUCACGGAUGUUCAGACCUGCGCCCCAUGUACUUCUUCCAGGUGUACCCUGAAUUAUAUGUGAAAAUGAAAUGCAUUGCCAAGAAAUGUGGAGUUAGGUUCCGGCCUCCAGCUGUGAUCUUAAUCUACGAGGACAAAAACCAAGGGAAGAGCCGCCAGCGCAUCAUGCCAGUGCGAAACUUCUCCAAGUUCUCAGAUUGCAGCAGAGCUGCUGAACAACUCAAGAACAACCCUCGGCACAGGACUUACCUGGAACAGGUGUCACUGAAGCAGCUCGAGAGGCUGUUUGCUUUCCUACGAGGUCACUUGCAGGGCCUGACCUUGGCAGAAACGCUGGACCAAACCCAGCGGGAAACAACCAUUGACCCCGAGGAAGACCUGAACAAACUGGAUGACAAGGAGCUCGCCAAGAGGAAAAGCAUCAUGGAUGAACUCUUCGAGAAAAAUCAGAAGAGGAAGGAUGACCCCAGUUUCGUGUAUGACGUUGAGGUUGAGUUCCCUCAGGAUGAGCAGCUGCUGUCCUGCAGCUGGGACGCAGAGUCAGCCGACGAGUUCUGAGGCCUACCAGUCCAUGUUUCCUCAAAGCACAAGGAUCAUUCCAGAAAACCUGUAAACACUAAUGUGCAUGUAAACCAAGUGACUUUCAUGUGCUUUGUAGGCCUAUGAGGAACAGGAAAACAGGAUAGGAAUCUGCCUGUAGGGAGUUGGCAACCCAGAGGGGAGGCAGUUCAAAACGUGUAAGUAGACAGUUUGAUACUAUUACCUGUGAGAAAGAC